UUUCUCAAAAUAAUAGGUUCCAGGAAAGGCAUUUGCUUCCCUCCACUGCCUGCCUGAAACCCACUCGCAGGCAUCAGAGACUGGACUUGAGACGAGAAGGAGCAAAGGAGACCAUGGUACAGAGAGUGGCAAUCAUUGGAGCUGGCCUGAGCGGACUGGCCUCCAUUAAGUGCUGUCUGGACGAGGGAUUGGAGCCCACCUGUUUCGAGAGAAGCAAUGACAUCGGAGGGCUCUGGAAAUUCGCAGAACAUGCCGAGGAAGGCAGAGCCAGCAUUUACCACUCCGUGUUCACCAACUCCUGCAAAGAAAUGAUGUGUUUCCCUGAUUUUCCUUUCCCUGAUGAUUUUCCAAAUUACAUGCACAAUUCAAAGGUCCAAGAGUACAUCAGGAUGUAUGCCAAGCACUUUUCUCUUUUAAGAUAUAUAAAAUUCAAGACUAUGGUCAGCAGUGUAAAAAAACGCCCCGAUUUCUCUGUCACCGGCCAGUGGGAUGUUGUUACAAACCGGGACGGGAAGGAGGAGUCAGCUGUAUUUGACGCGCUUAUGGUUUGUUCGGGGCAUCAUGUGUAUCCACAUUUCCCAGUUGAUUGCUUCCCUGGGUUAAAUAAGUUUAAAGGUAGCUACUUCCACAGCCGGGAAUACAAGGAACCGGAAAAAUUCAAGGGGAAGAGAGUGCUUGUGAUUGGACUGGGAAACACUGGUUCGGACAUUGCUGUGGAACUCAGUCACACGGCCUCACAGGUUUAUCUCAGCUCCAGAAGCGGUUCCUGGGUGAUGAGUCGCGUUUGGGACAAUGGCUACCCGUGGGAUAUGUUGACUUUGACUCGCUUUGAAACCUUUCUCAGGGAUGCCCUUCCCACCACCAUCAGCGACUGGCUGUAUGUGAGGAGGAUGAACAGGUGGUUUAAGCAUGAGAACUACGGCCUGAUGCCUUUGAACAGAACCAGCCGUAAAGAGCCAGUGUUUAAUGAUGAUCUCCCGAGCCGCAUCACAUGUGGAACAGUGGUGGUGAAACCCAAUGUGAAGGAAUUCACGGAAACCUCAGCUAUAUUUCAGGAUGGGACUGUGCAGGAAAACAUUGAUUUUGUCAUCUUUGCAACAGGCUACAGUUACUCCUACCCCUUCAUAGAAGACAACACCAUCAUCAAAUGCAGAGACAACGAGGUCACCUUGUACAAGGGCAUCCUUCCUCCUCGACUCAAGAAGCCAACCAUGGCUGUCAUUGGCCUGAUCCAGUCGCUCGGUGCAAUUAUUCCAACGGCAGAUCUCCAAGCUCGCUGGGCUAUAAGGGUGUUUAAGGGGUUAUAUAAGCUUCCCCCAGUGAACGACAUGAUGAAAGAUAUUGAUGAAAAAAUGGGGAAAAAGCUCAAAUGGUAUGGGCAGAGCAAUACCCUACAGAUAGAUUAUAUUUCCUACAUGGAUGAACUCGCCUCUGCUAUUGGUGUGAAGCCCAAUUUUCCACUGCUGUUCCUGACGGAUCCACGGCUGGCCCUGGAAGCGUACUUUGGCCCGUGCAGUCCAUAUCAGUUUCGUCUGACGGGACCGGGGAAGUGGGAUGGAGCCAGAAAUGCCAUCCUGACCCAGUGGGACCGGACGCUGAAGACUACAAGGACCCGAGUCGUCCAUGAUUCUCAGAAACAUGUCCCCUUCUUGAAUUUGCUUAGAGUACUUGUCCUCCCUCUUCUCCUUCUUGCUGUUUUUCUGAUGAUUAACUAAUCAACCAUUUUAAGCCUCUCAAAAUGAAAUUAGCGAAGAGCAAGGGAAAUUCUUCCAGAGAAAGGAGAGGAGAGAAUCCUACCAUUUCAUAUCGGUUCUGACCUACCGUGUGUGCAGAUAGAUACAUUAGAUAGAUAUACUACACAUGCAUGUAGAAACUCAGUGGGCUACAGCCUCAGCUGUGUAAACUGACAUCGCUCCAUAGAACUCAGGGUCAGAUUUUCUUUUGGUGUCUCAGUUUGCCCACCUCUUUAACAACCGGUUCUAAACCGGCUUCAAAAUCUAACCGGCUCCAGCUCACCACUGCAUAUAUGUACCAAACAAAAUUAUUAUCUGAAGCUGUUCAGUCUAGAACAGGCUCUUGUUAGCUAUCCAUUAUCUCCUGCUUCUGACUGUAUGCUGUGGUCAGAUCCUCGCUCACCCUGACAGAAAAGGGAGGUUUAUGCCCAGUCAUGUUUAAACCAAAGCAGUUAUGCAUGCCCAGAUGUUCUGCGGUGGGAUUACAUUCGCUGCAUCUCUUUCCCUUCACUUACAGCCUGAGCUAAUCACCAUGGAACUCAAUGGAAAGCCCCCACUCCCACCCUUGACUUCAAUGGACAUUGGAUCAGGCUCCUAUUGUACAAGGCAUCAGGGUUGUUUUUUUAAAAGUCAAUUACAAUAUUGAAAUAAAAAUGUACUGGAAUCUUU